AUGGAAACAGAUAAAGAACAACAAUUAGAAGAAAUUGAGGCCAUUGAGGCAAUCUACCCUGAAAAUAUAAUAGAAAAGACUUCUAAUUCAACUAUAAUUCGUUUGAAAGUACCACAGCAUGAACAUAUUCAUUUGCAAAUAUCCCUACCACCAAAUUACCCUUCUGUUUCCUCUCCAAAUAUUUUAGAUGUCAAUCUGGAUAAAGAUUACAAUAGAGAGGCCUCAUUAUAUGAUGUUAAAUAUUUACGUAAUCUGUUUCAAGAAGUAAUGGAUUCUGUGUUCCAUAAAAAAUUAGUUUGUAUUUUUGACUUUUUGACCGAGUUGGAUGGAAUUCUGUAUGCAGAAGACGGACAAGACAAUGAGGCAAUCGAGUCUGAUUCUAUAGAUAUAAAUGAAAGAGUCCCCUCUGAUCCAUUUGAGGGAUGGAUUGCAUCUGAUCCAAUUACAGACAGAGGUUCUACAUUUAUGGCCUUUGCUACGCAUGUGAACUCAGAGGAAGAAGCGUUUAAAAAAUUGGAUAUGAUUAGGACAGACAAUAAAAUGAGGAAAGCAGCUCAUAUAAUGAGUGCCUGGAGGAUUAAAAGUGCGGAUCCUAAUUCAAACGUGGCAUACCAAGAUUGUGAUGAUGAUGGGGAGACCGCAGCCGGCUCACGAAUGUUACAUUUGAUAACUAUUAUGGAUGUUUGGAAUUGUAUGGUGAUUGUUGCCCGUUGGUUUGGUGGUACACACAUUGGACCUGAUAGAUUUAAACACAUUAAUUCCACUGCAAGAGAAGCAGUAAUAAGAGCUGGGUUUGAAACAAAAAAAUAA